CCCGAAUACAACGACUAGGUUCCCACAACGCAAACUCAGAAUAUUUUACACGCGUACCUACAGCGUCCAUCACUUCCGUUUUAAAACGGAUUCCUGGGGAUUCCGGGCUGUGAGGUAUUAUACCCACGAUGUCUGAACAGGAUGAUCUCGAGUAUUAUAUUAAAUUCCCAACACCUUAUCCACCGGCUCCGAAGGACCCUUCAUCCGGAAACACUGCCGCAGAGCCUCAUGAGGAAUUUGUAUUCGUAUACGACGAAGACAAAUUACCAGUGGUCAUCCUCUUAGGAUGGGCCGGCUGCCAGGACAAAUAUCUCGCUAAAUACAGCGCGAUUUACGAAGAAAAAAGCUGCGUAACCCUUAGGUAUACCGCACCGGUGGAAUGUUUGUUCUGGAAGCGUUAUCGAAUGAGGGAUAUAGGGAGAAGGCUCGUCCAAGUCAUUGCGGAUAUGAAUUUACACGAGCAUCCAAUCUUCUUCCAUGUGUUCAGUAAUGGGGGUGCAUUUCUUUAUCAACAUGUCAGCUUUGCUAUGCAGCAGCUGGAAACACCAUUGAAGGUGAAAGGUGUGAUAUUCGAUAGUGCGCCGGGCGAACGAAGAAUAAGCUCCUUGUUUCGGGCAAUCAGUGCCAUUCUUGGCGGACAUCCCUUUACUAACAUACCGAUGUCCUUCGUCAUCACAAUCUUCCUUUCAAUCUUGUGGCUUUUCGAAGUCAUCGCACAAUCUUUGAAGGAAGGUUGCCCAAUCCCGACGAAUCCCAUAGCACUUGCUGAAGAAACGCACUCUUGGCCACAACUGUUUCUUUAUUCUAAUACUGACGACCUCAUACCAGCCAAAGAUGUAGAAAAAUUUGCCAGUCGGCGCGCUGCCAGAGGAGUCCGAGUACAAAUGGUCAGAUUCACAGACUCGCCUCACGUCAAACAUUACGCUGCUUAUCGGGAGGUCUAUAUUAACAUUGUCUGUACCUUCAUUCACGAGUGUUUGAUACCCGAUAACUCGUCAGAUCUGAAAGAAGCUAGCCACCAUAGAGAGCCUGCCGAAAGGCCACGACUAACAAAAAGAGUCGUACUUCCAAGUGAGGCCUCAAAACCAUUGAUGUAAAGUGAGAUAUUUUACCAGGGUAGCAAAAUGAUCGGCAACAUUAAUACCAAGUAAACAUCAAUAAUCGUAUGUUAUAGAUAUGAUAAUAUUUUUCAGGUAACUGUAUCUGAAAAACUUGUGCACAUUAUAACGCUUUCACUUAUUGUUAGAAUAUUACAUUGAUGAUGAGUGUACAAAGAAUUUGAAUCUUGAAACUGCUCUACAUGAUUUAUUUCAAAUGCUAGAAGCGACGAUUUGUAAAUGAUCUUUUAAACUUUGUGUGAAAGCAUAAUAUCGAUAAUCCUUGUUAGUUUGUGAUACUCAGGUGCAUGAAACGCUUGAAUUUAAUGAAAGUAUGAAAAUCCGAGUGAAAUGAAAUUUGUCAAAAAUUAUCAUGUAAAGGGACAUGAAGAUACGUGUCUAAAAGCUGGAAAUCAUAAUUGCAAUUUUCAAUGAAAAUGACGAACAAGAAUUCAGUGAAUAAAACAUAGGAGACGAAUAUUCAAACUAACACUUUUAGUGAAAUUGUUAUGCUACCUAUGACAAAUGGGAAAGAAAACCGAGUAAGAUUAGGUAAAUGGAUCAAAUGUAGAGGAAAACUACAGAUUUUUAGUACAUGGUAAAAAAUUAUUGAGUAUUAAUAGUGAAUUGAAUGUAAUAGUAUAAUUAAUUUCAGGGGUCUAAAACACAUGUGAAACAAUCUAAAUUAUUAUGAUGUAAAAAACAUAGGAAUUACAAUCACUUCGAUGACGAAUUAUGAAGAACCAGCUGAUCAUUUCUAUCAGCUUUGUUAAUAACUGAUUAGGAUAAAUAUAGCUACGAUACGCAACUUUAAAUAUAUUCAGCGCUCUAUAAGUUGACUAGAUAGAAAUAAAUUUAUAACUUUAAUUUCUUAGCAUAGUGUUGAUACCACUUUCUGCUAUGUAAUCGACACUAAUUUGGUGAUGAAAAUUUUGAACUAUAUAAUUUGUUAAAUUAUGAGGAUCAAGCUGGCCUUGGCAUCCUCUUCGAUAGAUAAUUAUUAAUGUAAUUAGUAUUCUACUGUUUCUCUCUUUCGCUAAAAAUUGGGAUGUGUUUGUGAAAUGAUAAAGUGAUCUAAUGAUUUGUAUUCAUUUCAUGUUAAAUAAAUAAUUGUUAAAGCGUCCACAAAAAUAUGUUUUAAUCU